ACUGCCAUCGCUGCUGUCCUCCUCUUGGUACCAAGGCUAAUACGCUGUACACUGCCGAGCGCUUUACCCAGCCGAGGAGAAGGAGAAAAUUCUCUCAGAACCCGGCAGGCCCCGCACCCCGUCUUGAGAGGAGGAGGGAAGAAAUAAACGUGGCAGCGCUUUUAAGGCCAGCCAGCGGGGUGCAAACGGGUGGCUGGAUGGGCAUGCAAUUUGGAAGCAAUUGGUACCUUUCACUCCCACCCUCCCUUUUCAGACACCUCGCUGCCACCGCCCUGCUCCCUCCCCUCCCCAACCAGACCCCAGCCCUUCUGGGGUGCUAGGAAAUGGGUGUGCCAGCCUCUGUGGGAGAGAUGGCGGAUUUGACGCUGUCUGGGCUUCACAGGCGAGGGGACCCCAAGAGAAUCCGAUAUUAAAUCGCCGUGCUAACUGCCAGGCUGCUUUCCAGACACCUGUGGCCCAGCCAGCCCUGGUCUUUUCAGAACUGGAAAAGGAAUUCUGGCUCCAUCGUCUUCACUCUGUAUUUCUGCCAUUCAUCUGGUUUUCAGCAUCAAGCUCUGGUUGAACUUAAAGGAAGGAGAAAGAACUCUGAAUUCUUGCAGACACCUUUGCACUGGCCUGUGCUUUUGGGUGCAAGGAAAGGGGCCUGUGACAUAUGUCUUUUUAAGGGCUGCCUGCCUGCAGGCUCUGCAAGCUGCAGGCACAGUGGAAAAGAACAAAGUGUUCCUGAUCCCAGGAAGUUGGUCCAGCUCAGCUUGCAGCCUCAGGAGAACUUUUGAACCUGAGUUCAAGAGCCUCGCUUGGUGCGUUCAUCCCACUAAAGCAAGCCAGUUCCACACUCUGGAUCCAAGAAUCAUUCCAGCUGAACCAUGAGCCGAGUUCGGGAUGCUGGCUGUGUAGCUGCAGGGAUAGUGAUUGGGGCUGGUGCCUGGUACUGUGUUUAUAGAUAUACUAGGGGAAGAGACCAGAAGAAGAAGAGACAGGCCAAGCCCAAGAACCGGGCUACAGUGGGUACUGGAACCAAGGCUAGAGCUGGGCUAAGGGCUGGAUUCACAAUUGACCUUGGGCCAGGAUUCAAUCCCCCAACCCCACUCAGUGCUGAGGCAGUGAACAAGGCCCAGGAUGAAGCAUCCACUGUUGACCCAGCUGUAGCUGAGGAAGUGGUUCCAGCAGCACCCAGCCCUGAGGUUCAAAAAGAGGCAGAGGGUCAGGUCCAGAAGGCAGAUGGGGCUGGGAAUGAGCCUAAAACUGAAUUAGUAACAGUGCCUGCAGUUACUUCUGCAGUGACACCACCUCCCAAGGUGGCAGAGGUUUCCACAGCUACAGAGGCCCCAGCAGGGGCUCCCAAAAUGGCAGAAACCCCCAGCACAACAGAGGCUCCUGGGUCAGCAGCACCUCCCCUGGCUGCAGCACCUCCCCGGGCUGCAGCACCUCCUGGGCCAGCAGCACCUUCAGGGGCAGUAGCAUCUCCUGGACCAGCAGCACCUCCUGGGCCAGCAGCACCUCCUGGGCCAGCAGCACCUCCCCAGGCAGUAGCACCUCCCCGAGCAGUAGCACCUCCUGGAACAGCACAGUCUCCAGGGGCAGCAGCACCUCCCAGGGUAGUACAGUCUCCAGGGUCAGCAAUGCCUCCCAAGACAGGAGCACCUCCUGGGACACCAGUGCCUCCCAAGGUGCCAGCAACUCCAAGGGCAUCAGCGUUCACUGGGGCACCAGCACCCCCCAGGGCACAGGCACCCCCCAGGGGAAUGGCACCUACCCAGAGGGUAGCAGUAACAGAGGUGGUGGAGGGUCCUAGGGUGGUAGCACCUACAGAGGCUGCAGAGAUUCCUAGAAUAGCAGCACUUGCAGUGGUGGCCGAUGGUCCUGUGCCCAUAAUGCUUGCUGGGGCUAUAGAGGCUCCUGGGACUUCCGGAUCCUCUAGAACAGCACCAGCUCCCAAGAAAGCAACACCUGGAGCUCACACUGGGGCUAUACCUAAGGCUGGGUCAGCCACUGGAGCUGUACCCAAAGGUGGGGCCAAGGGUGGAUCCAGGUCACGCAAUGGAGGCAAGGGUAAGGGCAAGAAAAACAAGGUUGAAGUAGAUGAAUUGGGGAUGGGCUUCCGUCCUGGGGAUGGGGCUGCAGCCGCUGCAGCCGCCUCUGCUAAUGGGGGAAAGGCAUUCCUAGCCGAGGUUCCUGAUUCUGAAGAAGGGGAAUCUGGGUGGACUGAUACGGAGUCAGAUACAGACUCUGAACCUGAGGUCCACCACAGAGGGAAGGGGAAAAGAACUAUCCCCAUGCAUAAACGCCCCUUUCCUUAUGAAAUUGAUGAGAUUCUGGGUGUCCGAGAUCUCAGGAAAGUCCUUGCCUUGCUUCAGAAGUCAGACGAUCCCUUCAUCCAGCAAGUAGCCUUGCUUACCCUGAGCAACAAUGCCAAUUAUUCAUGCAAUCAAGAAACAAUUCGCAAGUUAGGAGGCCUCCCAAUUAUAGCAAACAUGAUUAACAAAACUGACCCCCACAUUAAGGAAAAAGCCUUAAUGGCCAUGAAUAACCUGAGUGAAAAUUACGAAAACCAGGGCCGGCUUCAGGUGUACAUGAAUAAAGUGAUGGAUGAUAUCAUGGCUUCUAACCUGAACUCAGCUGUUCAGGUAGUUGGGCUAAAAUUCUUAACAAACAUGACUAUUACUAAUGACUACCAGCACCUGCUUGUCAAUUCCAUUGCAAACUUUUUCCGUUUGUUAUCUCAGGGGGGUGGAAAAAUCAAGGUUGAGAUUCUGAAAAUACUUUCAAAUUUUGCUGAAAAUCCAGAUAUGCUAAAAAAACUUCUUGGUACCCAAGUGCCAUCAUCAUUUAGUUCCCUCUAUAAUUCUUAUGUGGAAUCAGAAAUUCUUAUUAAUGCCCUUACUUUAUUUGAGAUUAUAUAUGACAAUCUCAGAGCAGAAGUAUUCAACUACAGAGAAUUCAACAAGGGUUCCCUGUUUUACUUAUGUACUACAUCUGGGGUGUGUGUUAAGAAAAUCCGAGCCUUAGCAAAUCACCACGACCUGUUGGUGAAAGUGAAAGUUAUAAAACUGGUGAACAAAUUCUGAUCGCUGUGUGCUCUCAAUAUGUGAGAUUCCUUGGUUUUUCAGUCUGGAAGCAUUGGAGAUUGGAAGUAACUGCUUUCCCACUUGCUCAUAUAGUAAAGGGAUCCUUUCUGCUGCCAGCUUUGAAUAAUGUAUCAUUGAGUGAUGUUAUCUGUGACAGUCUGCAGCUUUAAGCUGAACCAUUUUCUGAAUACAAAAUAGUCCUGUAGUCCUGAGAACACACUUAUGACUCUGAUUGUGCUGCUUGGGUGGAAUAUUCUUUACUAGGUCCUCUAUGUGAAUUGAUAGUAAUCCUGUCCAGGAAUGGCCUACUCUGCUCUUAAUUGUUUUGACUUGAAUUUUGUCACCAAAGACUUCAUUUGUGUAUCAUCAAUAAAGUUGUAUGUUUCAAAUGACAAGAAA